CAUGUUGACACCUGGCAAUAUCCAUGCAAGUGAAACCCUACGUGUCAUUGCCAACUGCCAACACUCAUUAUCAGGACAAACUCAUCACUCUUGUUUCUCUAGUUUUCCAUCUUAUAAUCAUUCAAUGUUAAUUAGUUGAUCACCAUCUAAUAACAAAAGUAAGCAGAAUUAAUGGGGAUGUUUGAGUUUAUAAGAAACCUGGCAGAUCAGCAGCAUGAAAGGGUGGUACCUAUUUCAGUUUUUGUGGCAAUUCUCUGCCUAUGUUUAGUUAUAGGUCACCUGCUUGAAGACAACCGUUGGGUCAAUGAAUCAAUCGCUGCCAUCUUAAUUGGAUGUAUAGCUGGAGCAGUUAUCUUGUUCUUGAGCAAAGGAAAAAGCUCUCACAUCCUAAGAUUCAGUGAAGAACUAUUCUUCAUAUAUCUCCUUCCACCUAUUAUAUUCAAUGCAGGAUUUCAGGUGAAGAAGAAACAGUUCUUUCAGAACUUUAUAACCAUCAUGCUUUUUGGAGUAAUCGGGGUUUUCAUCUCAGCAUCAAUUAUUACAGUCGGCAGUUGGUGGCUGUUUCCCAAGCUAGGAUUUGUUGGUUUGACUGCACGAGACUAUCUCGCUGUGGGAACUAUUUUCUCAUCAACAGAUACAGUGUGCACAUUGCAGGUUCUUCAUCAAGAUGAAACCCCUAUAUUAUACAGCCUAGUCUUUGGUGAAGGAGUAGUGAAUGAUGCAACAUCAGUUGUCCUCUUCAACGCAAUCCAAAAGAUUGAUGUUACAAGAGUUAACAGCCGAACAAUUCUUCAGUUGAUUGGAGAUUUCUUUUACCUGUUCUCAACAAGUACUGCUCUUGGAGUAACUUUUGGACUUGUAACAGCAUAUUCACUUAAAACCUUAUACUUCGGAAGACAUUCGACUGUUCGUGAACUUGCUAUUAUGGUUUUAAUGGCGUAUUUGUCUUACAUGUUAGCUGAGCUGUUAGAACUUAGCGGAAUUCUCACUGUUUUCUUCUGUGGAAUUCUGAUGUCACACUAUGCAUGGCAUAAUGUGACUGAAAGUUCAAGAAUCACAACAAGGCAUAUAUUUGCAAUGAUGUCAUUUGUUGCAGAAACCUUCAUAUUUCUCUAUGUAGGAAUGGAUGCUCUUGACAUGGAGAAGUGGAAGAUGACUAGAGUGAGGUUUUAUGCUUACCUUUCUUCGUUUUUGAACCAGUUUACUUCUGUUCACCUUACAGCUUCUGGCAUUGGUUCUGUGUUAUUGGUAAUUGAGAAAAGUAAUAGCAUGUCACCUAUACUUUUGCAUAGUCAAUCGGACUGCUCUUUAUGUUUUGGGACUUUAAUGAGCAGCUUUGGCAGUAUAGUUCUUCUAAUUCUGCUCGGACGUGCUGCAUCUGUGUUCCCUCUCUCUGCUUUCUCCAAUUAUAUGAACAGGCGUCCCCAGAGAUCACCAUCAUUAACUUUUAAACACCAGGUAAUUAUCUGGUGGGCUGGGCUAAUGAGAGGGGCAGUUUCAAUUGCUUUGGCUUUUAAGCAGUUCACAUAUUCCGGAGUUACAUGGGAUCCAGUCAAUGCCGCAAUGAUAACCAACACCAUAAUUGUUGUCUUGUUCACAACGCUGGUGUUUGGCUUCCUAACAAAGCCCCUUAUAUAUUACAUGCUUCCUCACCGCGUAAUUGACAAGAAUGACAGCAGUGUAGGAUCAAAAUCCCCAAAGGAGGACAUGGCCCUUCCUUUGCUCUCCUUUGAAGAAUCUGUCUCGACCAAUAUCCUUCGUGCAAAGGAUAGUUUGACCAUGUUAAUCGAAAGGCCUGUUUACACAGUACAUUUCUACUGGAGAAAGUUUGAUGACACCUAUAUGAGGCCAAUAUUUGGUGGCCCUCUUAGCAGUCCACCAGAAUGUUAGAUAGCCGACAUCGCAUAUGCUAAUUUCAUGAAAUUGUUCUAGCCAGUUGUAAGUUCAGACUGAAAAUUGGCAAGUCCUCUGCUAAUGACAGUAAGUUUGCCCCUUUUCUGAAGCAUGGUUGCUUUGCAGUCCUAUAUAGCAGUAUGCUAGAGGGCUUGAAUGAGUCUGAUUUAGACUUCUAGCCUUCCAUGUUUGUCCAAAAAGACAUUGCUGGUAACAGCAGUCUUGCACAUAUGAGACAUUGCAGUGAAAUGAUUCACAUAAGUUUCAUGUUUUUCUCUUUGUUUCUUGCUGGUGCUUCUAGUUAAUGUCACCAUCUAUGUAUAAUGGUUGAUGAUUGCCUUAAAAGGCUUCAACUCAGUUGCCAACUCGUAUUUUUCAAUCUUUGAAAUCAAAACAAGGGAUUGAUGUGAUUGAAACAAGAAGAAAAAGAUAGUACAAAUUGGAUAAAACACAAAUUUAGCAGCACUUCCAAUACAA